CUUGCAACAUUACACGCCGAUUGCUUGUUGAACGCUGCAAGUGGACGCCGCCCCAACCACAGUGAAAAAGUGCCAACUACAACGACCGCAACAACAACAACGCUGAAAACUGCCAUAAAUGCCGCUGCAGUUAACCAACAACACAGAAAUUCGACCCGCAGACCCAGAUGAAUGCCCCACUGAAAAUGUUGUUGCACGCCAAAGGCAUCACUAUUUCGGCUGCUUUUAGUAUAUGGCUGCUGUGCUGUUGUUUACCAAGCGCGGAAMCACUCGUUGUGCCACAGGAGCUACCCUCCAUACUAUCACUUAUCUACUCCAAUAUUCCACCCAUAAAAAAAGGUACCGAUUCUAGACUCGGCUUCGGCUUUCGGCUUGGCAAUCAUGCUGACUUCCAAGUUCUACUCGAACUGGGACCACAGAAGAACACACGUCCAAUCGGUGAAGAUGCCGAUUCRGAGAACUCAUUCAAUAAGCGUCAAGUGAGCAAGGCACAUCGCGCACAUMUGCUGCGCAAACAAGCGCAGGAAGCUUUUAGACAAMUCGCCAGCAGCACAACGAGCWCAACAACAACAGAACGCACAGCCAAUAGCUGGCUUGAGAGUUGGUCGAAUGCCAUGCAUACAACAAACAAUAACGCUGCCAGCACUGUCGGCAUAGCAGCCAACAAAAAGAAAUCAGCACCGAAACUCGCACAAAACAYGACGGGAAAGAAGCAACAGCAGUUGGAGAAUUUCACGCAGCCGGMAGUYAACACGGCGGAGCAGUCAAUGAUGCAACUGCAAAUGCUUUACCGUAUGGCCACCACCAGCAGCACAACAACAACAUCACCAAAAGAUAUCCAGCCAAGUACCGAGACGCCGAUUAUGGUUGUUACGCCGGAACCACAGUUACAGCGAUUACGUCCAACCUUUGUACCAUACAAAGGUGAGUCUUUGAACUUAGGCGGACCAGAGGGUUUCACGCCACGCCCACUUGAGGAAUUGGCGCUGCAGACAAUCGCAGAGCAGCCGAGUGAGCGCAAAUCGAAAAGCGAAAUAACCAAGGAGUUGAUGGAUGUSAGCCUCGAGCAGGGCGAGUAGCGUACCAUUUAUUCGAAAUGAAGUAAAACUUUUGUAAAUAAAUUUUAUGUAAAAAAAUCGAUUGUAUAUAAAAAAAAAUUGUAAUUUAGG